CGGUGAGGCUCUGUACCCCACAUCUGACAGCCUCCUCCACGGGACUCACGUGCCAUCCAAGGAGGGGGUCGACAGGAUGGUGGCCGAUCUCGAGAAGCAGAUCGAGAAGCGGGACAAGUACAGCCGCCGGCGCCCCUACAACGACGACGCCGACAUCGACUACAUCAACGAGAGGAACGCCAAGUUCAACAAGAAGGCAGAGAGGUUCUACGGCAAGUACACGGCCGAGAUCAAGCAGAACCUGGAGAGGGGCACGGCCGUCUGA